AUGUUUAACAUAACUGACGUGAAUGAAUAUCCAGAAAAUGUGACUAUCUCAUCAUGGAAAAACGAUCCAACAAAUAAUUUAAUCCAUAGAGAAAAAUAUAAUACAACGAUUGGUUUAUUGCAUAUUAUAGAUCCUGAUGAAAAUGAAAAUUUUACAAUCAAAUUGAAUACACCAAAUAUAAGCGUAUCAUAUACAAAUUAUUCACAUAUUAUAACAAAUAAUGAUGGAUCAACGGUAAGAUUUUAG